AUGACUGCCCAGAAGUUCGUUGACUCCCGGGCCGCCGCCAUUUACGAUACGUGGGGUAGCCAGAUGCGGGCGCACAUCAGAUUCUUCGUCGGCGAGAACACUACCACCUCGACCAGGCGUGAUCUUCCUCUAGUCAGAAUGCGAGGAGUCGACGACAGGUACCCACCGCAGAAAAAAUCGUUCCUGAUGCUCAAGUACAUGUAUGAGAACCUGAUCAAUGACUACGAAUGGUUCAUGCGCGCCGACGACGAUCUGUACGUGAAACCGAAUAAGAUCAAGGCUUUUCUCCGUUCCCUGAACAGCAGCGAACGCCUGUACAUCGGCCAGGCCGGUCUCGGUAUCGCUAAAGAGUUCGGAAUGUUGGGCUUCGCCGAAGGAGACAAUUUCUGCAUGGGGGGCACCGGCAUGAUCUUCAGUCGCGAAACCCUCAAGCGUUUCGCACCACAUGUCGCAGAAUGCUUGAGGAACUUGUACACGACUCACGAGGACGUCGAAGUCGGCAGAUGCGUUCGCAAGUUCGCGCAAGUCGCUUGCACGUGGAAUUACGAGGUACGUUCGACUCGUCUGUGAAU